UGUGCUCGCACGUGUGACAGCAGCUUGUUUACUAUCAUAAUUGACAGUGUUUUAACCCACCUUUUAUCGGCAAUUUUCUAGGCAUAUCCUAAAAGGAACCGACAGAAUGGAGAAGACCAAGGGCUUCUACGAUUUCGGCAUAUCCUACCAAAAUGACAAAGUCGCUUUGAUAAAAAUUCUUAAAGAGUCUUAUGAACUUGGUUACCGAACUGUUGCGAUAGAACAAGUGUUCGACCAUUCAAAAAAGGAUGCCUCCAAGCGGUCAAGUGACACAUUUCCCGCGCCCAUCGAGCUGAGCUUCCUUGACGAAUUCAGAGACAAAUUGAAAAUUCUUAACAGGCUCACGAUUGUAUAUUCGGACGUUGGUGUUGCACAUGCUAUGACAAACUCCUUGAACCUUAGAAAAUACCACUUGGUCGCUGGCUUGCCAAAAUCCGAUGCUGCUCUCACGCAUUGCUGCACAGUGUUCAACGGGGACAUAAUCAGCUUCGACCCAGACACGAAACUAUUGGUUAACCGGAAGGCGUACCAAAUGGCGGUGAAGCGCGGCCUUUGCUUCGAAGUCAAAUACGUGCCAGCAAUAGUUAACUCGUCGCAGCGGAAGGAAAUGAUUCGGAUUGCACACAAUUACCACGCAAGAGGGAAGUCGAGGAACAUCAUCUUCUCGAGCGGAGCCACGAAUGAAUUUGAGCUACGUGGACCGUAUGAUGUUGCGAAUUUGGCUCUUAUUUUUGGACUGACUGAGGAGCAAGGAAAAGGGGCCGUUCUCAACACUUGCCGUGUUCUCUUUCUCAAAGCUGAAUCACGACGAUUGGGCAAGACAGUAAUGUUCGUGAAGCAACUGGGGCCCACGGUCCUAUCCUCGACCUCGGAAGACAGUGAGAGCGAAGACGAUGAUGGUGAGGACGCAGGAAGGCUGGACGAUAACGAUAAGGACAUGGAAAGUGACGAUGUCACCGAUGAACAACCACACAAAAAGAAAAAGCUUAGCUAGCCAUGAUUGCGGGUAGUAGUCAAUAAUAAAACUAUAUAAUUAAAAAGA